AUGAAAUAACAUGAGAAUAAUUACUUUGUAAAAUCACUAAUAAAGCCCUUUUCAUAAGUGAGUACUAAUUCUGCAGUUACAAGAUCAAUUGAAUAGAAACCAAUAUCCUAUUUAACUUUCACUCGUACUAAACAUAGAAGAAAAAAUGAGACUGCUAUCAAAUUACCCGAAUUAUAGCCCUCAUCAUUAAGAGCAAAAACUGAAUAAGAUCAGCCUGUUGUUAAUGAAUUAAAGAAAUCUAUUGUAAUUAUUAGUAGAAAACCAAGUGGGGUAUUUCAAUCUUAGAGAAUAAAAACUUAACCUUCUAUAUAAGUGUGGGAACCUGAAGUAAAAGAAUUUGAAGUAGUAAAAGAAAUUAAGCAAGAAAAGCCUAAAUUUGUUGAUGUUCUUUGCGAAGAAUUAAUAUUAGGAUAAAAAUGUCCAUAAUUUAAAGCAAAGAAUCAAAUUAAAUGUAAAAUUAGGAUGAAUGAACUUGAAGAAUUUCAAGAUAGAAGUUCAAGGAUUUUGAGAAAAAUAAUAUAAUUGUUAAAGACUCAUAGAGAAAGAUCUGAAGAAAAAGAACUAAAAAGUAAAACAGUCAUUGACACUUAAAUGCUUAAAUCAAAUAUUUUCUUAUAAACUUAAACUCAAUAUCUUCCCUAAUAAUCACUAACUAAUUCAAAAGAGAUGCUCUUUCAACAGUAGCUGUCAGCUAUACCUAAAAAACAUACCAAAUUUAGCUCUUAAAUAACUUUAACUCAUUAGGAUGAAUCCCUUAAACCUAUGAAAAGUCUCAUAGAAGCAAUAAAAGAGAAAUCGUAAGAUACAGGAAAAUAGGUAUCUGUAAGUGCUACUACUCCAUAAUUUCCUAUAAAUAAUAAAAAGAAAAUUAAAGUUCUAGUGGAAUGUCCAGAAGAACAGAAAUAAAAUAAGAUGGAAUUUUUUAUUCCUCAUUACAUGGAAGAAGAUCAAACAAGAUAAUAAUAAUAAUAGAAUGAAGUAUUAGAAAUAAAAAAUCCUAAGAAAUCAAAUAUUUAUUCUCUUGUUUCUAAAAAUAUGUUUAAUAAGUAAUUAUAAUUAUAAUUUAGAAAAAUUAAUAAAAUAUAAAAUAUAAAUGAUUAGAUUAUUGAUGAAUUCAAUUCAGACAAAGCAGCUCAAUUUACUCGAUAUUAUCUUUAAAAUUAUGUUUUAAAAUGUUUAAAUUAACAUAAAUUGAAAGAAUCAAAGGAUAACUAGACUACUCCAAAUAUAAUGAAAUAAGAUUCAAAAUUAGACUAAUAGCUAUUUGUAUCAAAAGUUCUUUUUGAUCAAUCAAUUAUAGUAACUAUUAUUUAUAGUUAAGUAAGACUUUCAAACAACAAGAUUUUUAGAUAUUAAUAGCUUUAUUUAUAGAUGUCCAGAACCUUUUGAUUCCUAGAAUUCAAGUAUGCUAUCCGACUAUAGUUAUCUAACAAAUAAAAGCUAACAGGAUUAUUCAUAUGAUUAAGGAAUGAAAUUGAAAUAUCUAUCCUCAUCCAAACUAUUGAAUCCAAGUUCAUGUUAAGAGAAAUUAAUUAAAUUUAUUAUUUCAACAAUUUCAGAUGAUUCAAAAAAUGUACUUUUACAUGAACAAAUAAUCGCCUUUGCUAAUAAUAUAGAACCAAUAAUCCAUAUAGAUUAUGAAUUGUAAUGCUAACCCCGUAUGAUUUUCAUAUUAAUUUAGAUUUGGAAGCCAUAAAUAGACUUUUUCUAAGAACAAAUAGGAAAGAUCGAAAAAAACACCUCUAGUUAAUUUAUAAGAAAUAUGAAAAUAUUUGUAUUGGAUAGUUCGAAGAUAAUUAUAAACAGCUAAUAAAUACGGAUGAAAAACGACUUAUAAAAUAUUGCUAUUAGCAAUAAAAUAAUAGCGUGGAUAAUACUUCUAUAAAAAAUUCGAAUAUGUUGAAAUCUAGACAUCAGAGAGAGACUACAAUAGAAACUAUACCAAAGCAAGCCAAUCUAAUGACCUUAUCAUUGCCUCCAGCAACAAAGAGUAGAUCCGAAUCUCCUUCUAAUAUUGUAAGAAUAAAUCUUAUUAAAAUUAGAGUGAAACAAAAACAUAAAAGAAUGCAAGUUAAAAUUAAUAGGUAGUGGUUCGAAAUGCAUUCAGAAGUACUAAUAUUUUUAUUUAUGAAGAGCCUUCCUAAAAGUAUUUAUAAGUUUAAGGAGCAAACAAAAUUCAAUCUUAAUCACAGAUUUCAAAAGUUCAAAAUCUAUCAGUUGUAAAAGAAAACGAGUAAUAAAUUGUUUAUAAGGAAACUUAAUAAAUUCAAUAAAAGAAUAAUUAAAGCAAUGUCAAAUAAUAAUCUAUGCAUCCAUAUUCAUUAUUAUUCAGAAAUAUGAUUAUCUAGCAAACAAAAAAUGAAGAUAAGACUUUAAUAGAAAAGAUAUUCAUUAUGGUUGAAGAACAUCGAUUGUUGGAUCUAAAAGAAAUCCUAAAAUUGGAAGCGACAAUGGAUAUUAAUUAUUAGAAUGAAGAAGGCAACACAAUGUUAAUAUCAGCAUCUAAAUGUGGAGCUACAUUAAUUGUUGAUUACUUGUUGAAGAAUGGUGCUGAUGUUAAUAUCCAAAAUGUACUCUUUUUUCUAUAGUUUUAUAGCAUAGCGGAUAAACAGCCAUGGAUGUUGCCUUGGAAAAUUACUAAUUUGCUACUGCAGAUAUUAUAUUCAAAUACCUAAAACCAGAGAACAAAUCAUUUUGA